UUCGACAGACUGGCCUUCACAGCUGAUUUUGACUUCAAGAAGAAGAAGAAGCAGCACGUGCACUUUGGGCACCGCACUUUCGAAGCGUUUAAUUUAUGCGCAAUUUUUAUUUGUAAACUAAUCUGUAACCAUAAAAUCUUGACCCACAAAAUGUCCUCGGCGAGGGCUACUGGCCGAAAGCGAUAUUUUGAUGCUGCCACAGCAAACGUCGCGGAUCGGGACUUGCAACCCGUUAAGUUAAAGCGAAAGAGUCAACAAAAUUUCAAAGGCGAUUUUGUUGUUACGCAUGCACAGCAUAAAAAGGAGCAUGUCCGACCCUUUCAGAACAAACGCUUUGGAAAUGAUGUGAAGCCGAACCCGAAGCCGAAGAAGCCAAAAGUACCGCAGCACCUGUUGGAUAAAUAUUCACGUGGUGGCCAGGUAAUGUCGAAAGGCGUUAAGACGAAGCACUUUCAGCAGCAGCAAAAGCGGAAGGAAGUGUAUCUAGAGUAUGCCGAAGAGCAGGCAGCACGUACAGAGCUGCUGCUCCAGGAGGCGCCCGGGAUGUUGGAGGCGGAUAAGGAAGAGAUCACAGCAAACUACCGGCAGGCUGAGAUUGCAGCCAAUCUCGAUUUACAGUCGGCAGCGAAGCAUUUCCAACUGAAUCUCGACUUCGGUCCUUACACUUUGCGUUACACAAAGAACGGUCGCCACUUGUUACUGGGCGGCCGGCGGGGACAUGUUGCAGCGUUCGAUUGGAUCACAAAACGGUUGCAUUGUGAAUUUAACGCCACCGAGAGCGUAGUCGAUGUGCAGUGGCUUCAUGUUCCCACAAUGUACGCUGUGGCGCAAAAAGAAUGGGUUUACUUCUACGACAAAAAAGGAACCGAACUUCACUGCGUCAAGCGUUUGACACGCGUAAAUCGCCUUGACUUCCUGCCCUACCAUUUUCUGCUGGCUGCCGGUAAUAGCAAGGGUUUUGUCUCUUGGCUGGAUGUAUCUAUAGGCGAGCUGGUGGGUAACUAUAACACGGGCCUGGGUGACAUAAGACUCAUGCGUCACAAUCCUGCCAAUGGAGUUUUGUGCAUAGGCGGCGGCAAAGGCGUUGUCUCUAUGUGGUCGCCCAAGGUGCGCGAACCACUGGCCAAGAUGCUGUGUCAUCCAACGGCAAUGACGGCACUAACUGUGGAUCCCAAGGGCCAGCACCUUGUAACCGCCGGUCUGGAUCGUUGUGUUAAGGUGUGGGACAUACGGCAGCUUAACGAUAAGCCACUGGCCGUAUUCCGUCUGCGUCUGCCCGCUAACGAGGUGGAGGUGUCACAACGCGGUGUGCUAGCUCUGUCCCAGGGCACCUAUUUAGAAAUGUACACAGAUCUUUUAACCGGCGGGGGUACCCGAUUCGGCGACAUAGCCCCCUACCUGCGCCAUCGCUGCGACUCAUUUGUGCACUGCCUGCGAUUCUGUCCAUACGAGGAUAUUCUCGGUGUUGCAACCGCCACCGGGUUCCAAUCCUUAUUAGCGCCUGGCUCUGGCGAGCCCAAUUUCGAUGCGCUUGAAGACAAUCCUUAUGAGACACGCAAGCAGCGACGCGAGCACGAGGUUCACGCUUUGCUGGAAAAGAUACCGCCCGAGCUAAUAACGCUAGAUCCAGAAGACAUAACAGCCGUCGAUGCACCUACGUUAGAAGAAAAGAUUGAUGCUAAACGGCAGCUAUUCCACCUGAAGCCGCCUCGUAUUGACAUGAAGACGCGCCACAAAAUGAAGGGCCGUGGUGGCACCGUAAAGGCGGCGCGUAACAAGCAGAUAGUGAAGGAUCAAAAGCGAAAGGAGUUUAUCGCAGAUAUUCGCGAGGCCAAGAAAAACGUUAUUGCAACACAUCGGCAGAGAAAGAGUAGCGGCGGCGACAACAACGAUAGUGCGGAGCCAUCCGUACGCUCGGUAUUGGAUCGAUUCAAGCCCAAAUACCAAAAGAAGCAGAAACACCAGAACUGAUUGCAAGUUUGGUUGGGCUAUUUUAAUUAUUUUAAUUCAAUCCAAGAAAAAAUGUGUACUGUGGUUCAUUUCGGAGAACUUUGUAUAUGAAUAAUUAAAAAACAAUUCCAAUACGUGAUUGAAGAUAUCCUAAA